AUGGACGUCCCUUCCACUUCGUCUUCUUCCCACUGCAAUUCCAACGAUUCCCUUCCUCUCUACACUGAUCCUUCCACCACCUGUCUCACAAAACGACGCAAUAACAAGCCCAUGGUAUCCCCACAGGAAACGACGUCGUCUCAUACAUCACCCAAUUUCAAGCGGUUGGCAUGCAAACGCAGAGUCGUUAGAGUCUCCAUUCGCCGUAAAAGGACCGAUUUAGCUUCCAUCGGAUUCCCUCUCGGAAUGUCAUUUGCCGCUGUUAUGGCUGAGGUUCUGUAUAGAAGAAAUGCAGCAUUUGAUACCGAUAGGGUUUCUCCAACUCAUAUAACAUUGAUUUGCACUUCAGCUAUCAAAGAAUCUCUUGCCAGUGUUUUUGGAGACAAGCUAGAUGAUCUGGUUAGGAACUUUGGACAAUCUUUUGCUUGUACGUUGAGUACUCUCGGAUCGAUUUAUGAAUCAUCUAUGGGUGAUGAAGGAAAUAGUUUGAAUACUAUGAAAAUGGAAUUUUCGACUUGUAAAUUGACUCGUGACAAAGGUGAUUGCUCAAGCGAUUCUGUUAUUGGUGAUGAUAAAACGGAGGGAGUGUUGAGUGAAGAAAUCGUAGAUCAAACAAAUAAUUGCAAAGAGGUCGAGGAGAACUUUCAAAUGGAUUCAAUCAGUCGUCAUGGUAUUACUUUGCACAGGCAAUCAAACCAAUUGGUUUGUUUGCCUACAAUCUCUUAUGGAUCUGGAAUUAAUAAUAACUCUAUGGUUAGUGCUUAUGAGAAAUCUGUUAUGGAAGAAAGUCGAUCAAAUGACCUCAAGGCGUUAGAACUUGCCCUUACAAUGAAAAAACUGAAACUAAAAGAGACGCAGUUGGCUCUCAACUCUGAUUUGAAUCAUCUAGAGAGAUCAAAGUUGACCAUGGGAGUGUCAAAGGCGUCUUUUAGAGUUGAAAAGUUUAAGAAUCAAUUAGAAGAUUUGAGACAUGGUGAACUGAUUCAAAACUGCAUAGACUGUCUUAUUGCUGGUCUUCUUGUCAUGUCCUCCUCACUUACAUAUGGUGCUUAUGUUUAUUCCUAUGAACGGAUUGCUGAAUCAACUACAUCAUGCAAUCAUUCAAAUAAGGAAUCCAAGUCGUGGUGGAGUCCGAAAUCAAUGUUCUCUUUGGAUUCAAAGUUACACAUUUUAUGGUGUCAAGUUCAAGUUAUGAGCCGAAUGGCAUUUGGCGUCUUAAUGAUUUUUGCAAUUGCAUAUUUGCUAAUCAUGAGAUCAACAUCGGUAUCAGACACAAUGCCAGUGACUUUCAUUCUUUUGCUAUUAGGAGUUGCUUGUGGCUACUGUGGCAAAGUUUGUAUAGAUACCUUGGGAGGGAGUGGUUCUUUGUGGCUCUUAUAUUGGGAGAUUCUGUGCAUGGUGCACUUCUUAUCAAUUGUUUUCCCUCCCACUUUGUUCAAGAUCCUUCAUGGACCAGUUGCUGCAUCGCAACAAACAAAGCAAAAUAUAAUUUUUCCAUAUUGGUUUCGCCGAUUUUGGUUCUAUGGAACUUUGACUGUGUUUCUACAAUUAUUUUGUGGUCUUAAGCCUUUUGCUGGUGUUAGUCAAUGGAAAGACCAUUUUUUGAUGAAGGUGUCAAUAUUUAACAAAUUGGAAUGA